GCCAUACAGCACAUCACUGGAGAAGUAAAGAUGAGAUUUUCACGUUACUUAUUCAAGCCCCAGUCAUUAAGACAGUCAACAAGUAACUUAUCUAUGUCGCCCAUUUAGACUAGAAUUCACAUAUCUGUUGCUGUUGUUGUUGUUUUAAUCAUUAUCGGGACAGGACAUUGAAACUGAAACACACUGAUGACGGAUGCAUUGAUUACAGCACACUGAUGAUGGAUGCAUUGAUUACAGCACACUGAUGAUGGAUGCAUUGCCUGUGGUGUAAUAUUGAUCCGUUUUCAGAUUUUUACAUGGCUUGUAUUCUCAUUGGUAUUGAAUUAAGAAGCAGUCAAGCACGUCAGUCUCUACAUCAUGGAUGAUUUACUACACAUCUUUCCACUGACCUCUGAUGCAUGGAAGGAUGCUCACAAAACUUCUAACCAAGGUGAUGAUUCAGAGAAGAGUUCUUCAAAAUCUGUGCUGUCCAAACUAAACUCUGGACUAAAGGAGCAUCUGGUUCUGGUAUCAGCUGUGGAACAGUGGCAUCUACCACUCCUAUUUCAGUGUGCGGUGAGCUAUGCUUCAGAAGGGAAGAGAGUGCUGUUCAUCCGCAGAAAACCACUGGAACGGCUGCCAUUGUCAGUUCAUGGCAUGUCACAACCCGAAGCGUCUGUUCUGAAGAACGUCAAAUUUAUGUAUUACACCUCAGUCCGUGACUUGAUCAGUUUCUGUGCAAAUGUCCACACCCAGACCUUACCACCAGAGACUGUGAUUGUGGAUGACUUGGGGUAUUUCAUUCAGCAGAUGAAGGAGUUGAGCCCAGAACAGGGUAUGGUGAAACUGUGGUGUUUGUUGACAGAUGCUGUACACUUCAUUGAGCAAAAGAGUGGUGAGAGGGUGCCCUUAGUGCUGGCCAUUCAUGACAAGAUCAAGUCUCUACCUGACCUCUGCUGGAGAUUCCCAAUAAAGACAGCAGUAAUUACAGGUCCAGCCUCAGAUGAUGCCAAAUUUAGUGUAAAGAUGACAUUCAAGCAUCAUGUGCUGUGUUGCACAUAUGAAAUGGGGACUGGAGGCCUGAUGCUAGCAAGUGUUCAAGUUACCUAAGGUGUCCAUCUAAGCUACACACAUCUGAUGAGCUGUUGAGAAUGUCCACAUUAAUAUUGUGGUGUCUGACGUUGAAGGGACAUUAGGUGUCAUUUGAUGAUUGAUGUACACCUGAAAGAAAUAAUGAGAAGAGGACUCUGUCAGUAUAUCAUAUACACCUGAAAGAAAUGGGGACAAGAGAACUGGACCUGUCAGGAGUCCAGCCCAUCUACCUCAGGAGGGCUGUGUCUGCCAGUACAUCAUGUACGUGUACACCUGAUAGAAAUGGGGACUAGAGGACUGGAGCUGUCAGGUGUCCAGCUCAUCUACCUCAGUAAGGUUGUGUUUUUCAGCAUUUCAUAUACACGUGAUAGAAAUGGGGACUAGAGGACUGAAGCUGUCAGGUGUCCAGCUCAUCUACCUCAGGAAGGCUGUGUCUGUCAGUAUAUCAUAUACACCUUAUAGAAAUGGGGACUAGAGGACUGAAGCUGUCAGGUGUCCAGCCCAUCUACGUCAGGAAGGUUGUGCCUGUCAGCAUUUCAUAAACACCUGAUAGAAAUGGGAACUAGAGGACUGGAGCUGUCAGGUGUCCAGCCCAUCUACCUCAGGAAGGUUGUGUCUGUCAGGAUAUCAUAUACACCUGAUAGAAAUGGGGACUAGAGGACUGGAGCUGUCAGGUGUCCAGCUCAUCUACCUCAGGAAGGUUGUGUUUUUCAGCAUUUCAUAUACACAUGAUAGAAAUGGGGACUAGAGGACUGAAGCUGUCAGGUGUCCAGCCCAUCUACGUCAGGAAGGUUGUGCCUGUCAGCAUUUCAUAAACACCUGAUAGAAAUGGGAACUAGAGGACUGGAGCUGUCAGGUGUCCAGCCCAUCUACCUCAGGAAGGUUGUGUCUGUCAGGAUAUCAUAUACACCUGAUAGAAAUGGGGACUAGAGGACUGGAGCUGUCAGGUGUCCAGCCCAUCUACCUCAGGAUGGCUGUGUCUGUCAGUAUUUCAUAUACACCUGAUAGAAAUGGGACUAGAGGACUGAAGCUGCCAGGUGUCCAGCUCAUCUACCCCAGGAAGGCUGUGACUGAUGUACAUGUAUACCAUAUACACCUGGUAGAAAUGGGGACUAGAAUACUGGAGCUGUCAGGUGUCCAGCUCAUCUACCCCAGGAAGGCUGUGUCUGAUGUACAUGUAUAUCAUAUACACCUGAUAGAAAUGGGGACUAGAAUAUUGGAGCUGUCAGGUGUCCAGCCCAUCUACCUCAGGAAGGCUGUGUCUGAUGUACAUGUAUAUCAUAUACACCUGAUAGAAACGAGGUUCCUGGGUGCACACCAUUAUAUGGCAUCAGGUGCCCACUACCCAAGGUAUGGAACGCCAUUAGCUGACAUACAUCAUAGGUGUCUAAGUAGGUAAUGUUGAGACUUACUGUAAUAAUGAGUGGGCAGUAUCCAAAAUUAAACCAGGUACUGGUGCAAACAUCUUUUAUGGUUUAAACCGUGACUGUAUCAUCAUGCAUAUUUUGAAGCAUGCUACGUGUAUGCGGUUUUAAUAAAUUGGCCUAGCA